GGUCUGGCAUGGGCUUUUCUUCCUUUUUAAACAGUCUCCUUGACGUUUAGUCUUAGUAUUGUAUCGCUUUAAUUUAUGUUUCAGGCCUGAAUUUUAAGUAAAUUGCUUAAACUUUGUAUAUAGAGAUAUGAGAUGCACUCAGGUAUGUCGCGCCGCCACUCCGGGCAUUGGCAUCGCCCCAGAGACCACCCCCGUUAAGUACACGCCUAUGAUGCUGAAUAUCAAGAAUAUGAUGUGGUGGAAUGGAAGGCGUAGCCCGUAUCGUGCGGUCUACCGCGAGAAAACUUGGCUUGAGCUCAGUCGCUGGGGAGACUUCACCAAAAGUGGCCGUCCUGUAAUGCGGCAGCGCUAUUCACGCGAGGCCCUCCAGGCCGUGUUAGAGAUGAUUCCAGACGGCUUUGAGGUGGCAGAUGUGCCGCGUCCACCGCAGCGUAUUCGUGCUCAGUCUGAGGGGAUUGUGGGUCGCUGGUAUACCAAUUACUGGACGCUGCAUUCAGUUAAGUAUCAAUGUUUUCUAGCUGGGAUCGAAUGGAAGCAUGGCGAGCGGCAGCGACCUCGGACAAACUACGACGAGCCGUUUGUCUACGUUGAUUUUGAGGAGAGCAAGAUGGUGCGUGAUUAUCGCAGCCGCUGGAUAAAUGUGAACCGCUCACUGGUAGGCAUGUCGAAGCGCAUGAAAGAAGCCGAAGAGGAGUCGCGCUAUAUGCGCUUCAAGAGAUUGCAGGAUACCUUCUGGUCCGACCGCAAGGUUCUGGUGAACCGUGUAAAAUCGAUGCACAAUCAGGGCACACUUUCGUCAGCUAAGGAUCUCCCCAUCAAGACUCUGAAUAUAAAGGCCUUCCUAUCAGAGUGACCAUUUUAGGUAUCAUAGGGGAAACUUAGAGAUUUUUUGUCGCCGCAUCCUCUUUUUCUCCUUUAGCUGUCUAAUUUGAUUUGCUUGCUUUUGUGUAUGUGUACCGUUGGGAUCGGUUUGGGUUAAA